CCAAACGCGACACGAUGGCUAUUACGGUGGCAUUGCUGACGACCUUCCUGGCACUUGCUGCCACUCACACGAACGGCCAGGAGGCGAAAAAGUUUGACUGGUGGGAGCGGGGUAACUUCUACCAGAUCUAUCCGCGAUCGUUCAAGGACUCGGACGGUGAUGGGAUCGGCGAUCUGAAAGGAAUCACCGAAACGAUCGAUUACCUUAAGCAGAUCGGCAUCGAUGGCGUGUGGCUGUCGCCCAUCUUUAAGUCGCCGAUGAACGACUUCGGGUACGACAUUUCCGAUUUCUACGCGAUCCAGGAAGAGUACGGCACGAUGGAGGACUUUGAGGAGCUGGCGACCAAGUGCCGAUCGAUCGGGCUCAAGCUGAUCCUCGACUUUGUGCCGAACCACUCGAGCGACGAGCACGAGUUCUUCCGCCUGUCGGAGGAUGGUGUGGCACCGUACAAGGACUACUACAUUUGGCACGACGGAGUCGCCGAUGGUAACGGCACGCGGCAACCACCGUCGAACUGGAUCAGCGUGUUCCGCGGUAGCGCGUGGCAGUGGAGCGACAAGCGCCAGCAGUACUAUCUGCACCAGUUUCAGCGCAAGCAACCGGACCUUAACUUCCGUAACCCGGCCGUGGUCGAGGAGAUGAAGAACGUGAUGCGCUUCUGGCUGGGCAAGGGCAUCGCCGGGUUCCGCAUCGAUGCGCUGCCGUAUCUGUUCGAAAGCGACGUGGUCGGUGACCGGUACCGGGACGAACCGGCCUCGGGACUGGUGCGCAACGAUCCGGACAAUCCGGCCUUCCUGGUGCACACCGAGACGAAGGACCAGCCGGAAACGUACGACAUGGUGCACCAGUGGCGUGCCGUCGUGGACGAGUUUACGGCCACGGAUAACUUCACGCGCAUCAUCCUCACCGAGGCGUACACCAGUCUGGAGAAUACGACCCGUUUCUAUGGGACGCGUGAUGCGCCGGGAGCACAGAUCCCGUUCAACUUCCAGCUGAUCAGUUACCUGACCAUCAACAGUACAGGCCAACAGUUUGCCGAUCUGGUGGAGAGCUGGCUGAAGGCGAUGCCACGCGGAUCGAUCGCCAACUGGGUACUGGGUAAUCACGACAACAGUCGAGUGGCCACCCGCCUCGGAGUGCCGCGGGCCGAUCUGUACAACAUUGCGCUCCAAACGCUGCCCGGCAUCGCGGUGACGUACUACGGCGAGGAGAUCGCCAUGGUCGAUCAGUACAUCUCGUGGGCGGACACGAUUGAUCCGGCUGCCUGUAACGCGGAUGAAGCGACCUACACCCUGUACUCGCGCGAUCCGGUCCGUACUCCGUUUCAGUGGAGCAACGCGACGAACGCUGGGUUCUCGGAUGCAGCGCGUACCUGGCUUCCGGUGGCCGACGGGUACCGGGAGCUGAAUGUGGCCCAACAGUUGGCGGCCCCGAAGAGUCACCUGAAAACGUUCAUCCAACUAACGCACUACCGGAAGCGUCGGCUGCUGGCGGAGGGUAGCUUCGAACUGCGCGUCGUCAAUGGUGGCAAUCUGGUGGUGUACCGACGGAGGGUGGCCGGGCUGGGUUAUGCGGUGGUAGCGCUCAAUUUCAACGACAAACCGGUGCAACUCAACCUGGGCAGGGUUUUCCCGGACAGCAAACCAUCCCGCAUGACGGUUGUCGCCAGCUCACUGCAGGUCCCCGUGGCGCAGGGUGCAAGAAUCAACCCGAACCGGUUCUCGUUGCCGGCCAACGCGGGAAUUGUGUUGCAACGCGUUCUCGGAGCCAAUCCGGUCGUUGCCUGAUAACAACACGGUGGAAGGUAGAGGAGAGUAGGUUAGGAGUAGCAUUCGUAGAAUAAACU